AAGACCAUGUAUCAAAGGGGCAACGGAAUAUGCAGAAAUAUAUUGACUUACUGCUCGAUUUACCAAUUCAGAAGAAAGAAAUUGGACUGAUAUUCUUAUUUUGAAAACGGAGGGACAAUCUGCGUUUUCCAAAAUUUCCGAAUACGCAGGGACGAAUUCACCGCCGGGUGUAGGGGAUUCGACACCCCCUAAUAGUUUUGUGUCCUUCAGUUAAAAUUUUUGAGGAUUCGAUAAAAUGCAUUUUUGGUGGACACUAGUAACAAAAUAAUGCAAAAAUUAUCUUAUCUUCUUGACCUCGAAGUUAAAAUGGGCGUUUCCAGCAAUUUCCUGUCACCAGAAUGUUGUAGCACCAAAAUCCAAUAUUAUAUAACGCACAUCCCGAAACAUUGCCGCUCCAAUCCGUCCCUACGGACACGUGGAGACGGACACUUCAGGAUUUCUAUGUUUGUGUCAUUCUUUUGAAUAUAGCAUUUACGCAUUGGUGCGCAACUUUGAAAAUAACAAUCAAUUAUUAAUCAUAUCGCAAGAAGAAUAUUCAGUACGCUGUUGUUGCAAUUUGAUUGAAGAAAUUUCACCAAGAUGUUUAUUAUCCUAUCUCUAUUAGUAUAUCUGUUAUUGUGGGCAGGGACAGGGCACUGAACAGGAGGCUGACCGUUCCAUUGUGUAACAAUUGUUCCUGAUGCGUGGGCGUCAUUCUAUAAACGUGAACAUUAGCAGAGGGUAUUUGAAGACGUAAGAAGGAUCGCUGAGUAUUUGUUUACACCAGAGUAUGUCUAAAGGUUUCAAUUAUCAGACGUUCUGCAUCGUUUUCCUUGUUUGUAUUUUAGGAUAAUGGUUGCUGGAUAAUUGGUUGAGUGCAGAGGAAAGCUGAACAAUAUGCUUCCUUAUGGAGUUUAAAUAAAGGAUCUUUAUUUUUCCAAGAACCUUAUGCUACAAGCGAAGAGUUAACGGCCAAGCAGAGUUAACGUAAAAGCAUCAUAAAUUCUUGACUUCAUCAGUUCGCUUUUUCGAUAGAAACAAACUUUGUUUGACAUCUUUGAGGCCUUAGCAGGAUCGAAACAAGAAAAUUAUGCGGUUUGACCUCGAAAACGCACAAGUUGGCCAAGUCUGUCGCAACCCUUACGUGGAGCUUGGGUCCGUAACAGGUAUCCAAGGGAAAACACUUGUUACGCGAACAAGAUCGGAGCCACCGUACUUGUCAAAAUGGGGUAAACCCAAAUUACGAGAUGUAAAAGGGUAUCUUGCUUCCUAUAACGACGAACUACUCGGAUGCGGUUCAAGUGCUGUAACAAGCUAUGGUGUUGGAAAAUUGUUCCCGGUCAUGCAAGAUCCACAUGAGAAUGGCAAUCCCGAAUAUCGAAAGUCUAUUAUAAAUCAUGAUGGAUCAUACCAAGGUCACCCUAGACCUCAGGACGAGCACAUCCACGCUGAAAAAGCAAAACCCAAGUCAAUGCGUUCGAAAGACACCAAGCCCCGCCAUCGACGGAGCUCAUCCAUUACUGAACGUGAGUUGAGAAGAAGAAUUUCGUCUCAAGAGCAUUCCUUAAUCGGACGUUUCCUUACAAGCAAAAGUUCAAAAGUGGCAAAAUCAUCUAUCUUACAGCGUGGUAGUUUUUCAAAUGCAAUAUUUGACUCUGGAGUUAAUGAGCAAGAAGCAAUUACAAGCCAGCCAGUGUCUCUCGAUGCAGAAUUGAAAGACCGCUCAGAAAGGACACACUGUUCACAAAAAGGCACCCAAAACAAAGACAGGUGUUUUCGAUGCCUUAACAGACUGAAAGAUACAAUAAACUGCUGCACUUGCAUUGUUUGCUUCGAUGCCUUUUGUUACCAUUGCUUCAAAGACGAUGUCGGCUAUUCAAGUUGGUUCCAUGAAAUGAUAACCUGCAGUGGAGUUCCUUCAACAAAUUGCAAAAGGUGGACGCUGUUUGGCCUCGCGACAAUCAUAUUCCCUUGUAUUUUGUUGUACCCUGCAUUUGGUGGUGCUGUGAAUCAAUGCAUAAAAUGCAGACUACAAAAAUCACAGUUGAAAGAUUAACUUGGGACAUGAUUCACAUUAACAGGACUAGGACGUAACUAAGACUAGUAUAAAGCCAGGUGUGACCCACACUUUGGCGUUAUGAUACACCCCUCCCAUAUUCGCAAUUAGCAAUUGACAAUCGUCCUUAAGUUCACUCGUGUACUUUAACAAGCACUCAAAAAUGCAUUUUUAAGAGGGAUGUAGUGGAGAGCUGCAAACAGAUAUUUGGGGGAAUUCUGUUUUGCAUUUAUCCCCAACCUCUCCCCAAUAAUGUUCUCUAUGUCUCUAAACUGAAAAUUACUUUUUGUUGCGGAUAUUAAGGAUCUUUUGCUAUUAUAAAAGGGCUGUCCUAAUGACUGUUUUAAAAAUGAAUUAUGAACAUAGAAAUAAUUGCAAAAUGUUGUUAUAAUCCACGACUUUGUCUUCAGCGGAAGGAAAUGUGGUAUAAUGAGCAAAGUAGUUAGUCUUAAUUAUCAAAUUUUGAAUCGCCUGACAAUACACCCACUACAAUGUCUAAUUCGAAUAACGUACGAAAAUUCCUUCUAAAUAAUAAAUAGUGUAAGAAAAUCGUGAAAUGUUGUCUUUUGCCAGCAUAUUUUGGCAGGCUUUUUAGAAAUAUUAUCUGUCUCCUUAAAGUUAGAAUCUCCUAGCCAUUAAGUUACAUUUUUGUAUUUUUUCUUGAAUUUUAAACAUGUCUUAUUCAUGCACUUGGAAUUCAAGAGCUCUCUUGAUACAACUAAGGUCACUUUGACCACGGAUAGUGUUUUAAUCGAAUAUUAUAGAGGGAAAAGACAUUUUACCGCAGUAGAAAUGCCAAAGCAAAUGAAAAUGCGCCUUGACUAGGCCCCAAAGUAAAUUGACUAUGCUCUUUUCCCCAUUACAAGCCACAUCAACUAUUCCACAUUACAAGGAGAAACACAAAAUUUCACAGGCGAAAUUUUUAACUUAAAGUCAAUUUUUGCGUAUUUUCGCCAGCUACUGGUUAAGUUUAAAAAACAAAUCAAAGUGAUUGAAAUGUGAAGAUGAAGAUGGCGAGAGGUUAUUGAUGGUUUUCUUGCUAUAAAGCAAUCCCUUAUUUCACCAAGAAUCAGAACUGGUUUGAACUUUAGUGAAGGUACACACCAAUUUUGUAAUAAAAGGCACAUUCAAAAACGUUGUUUUUAAAGGUGAAGCGCGCUGGAAGUUCUCACAUCAUUAUGUAAUUUUCACCCAGUCAAUAGAUAUGCUGAAAAUAGAUUAAACUUGCUGCCAAAAUAAAAAUAGUUUGUAUUUUGCAUGUUUCCCAAAACACUCCGCCUUUUGGUAUACCAAAGCGAUAAACAACGCACAAUCUUGUUAAGUAUUAGCAAAAAGAAGAAAAGGAGGCCACUUUUACACCUGAUGCCCCCUCCCUCCCUUACGAGGCAAAACAUCCGCAAACUACAAUGCUCUGACAGCUUCUGUUAUGCAUAUUUUGAUUAUUUUGGACGUAUUUUAUUAAUGUUUAUUGAUAAUACAUUGUGGUUGUAUUUUAGAGAGAGCUUUUUACUUCAAACAUGCAACUCGAGUAAACAAGUAACACUUACUUUCAAAGCGUUUGAUUAAACUAUUAUAGAAACUUAUGUAAUAGAGCAUAAAAAUGAUUCUGCAGAUGGAUCGAUAGCUUGCAAUGCGUUUUUUGCGAAAGCUCCUUCAUAAUUGUUGACUAGAUAUGUUAGUAUAUUAUCUAUGAGGAAAAGCAAACAGAAUUAAAGGCAGAAACUGUUUGU